GGCAAGUGCCUGUUGUCGACUGACACUCUGUGUAGGUUCUUCGUGAAACUUUGCCUUUAGGUCAUUUCCUUCAUUGUAUCCUAGUCGCGUGGACUCAACGGCAAGAUGAACAGUGUCACCACCGAGUUCGGACAGGCGAUGAUGGCAAAGGGAGGCUACGAGCUCGCUAGCACGCUGUCGCCAGUUGCACCCAAGUAUGACAGUGGCCGCCUAUAUGCUCUGCACAGAGAAACGAAUGCCUUCAGUGUUCAGUCCGACUUUCGCCAUGCUCUCUCGCACAUCUCGUCAUGCAAACUAGCCAGGAACGAAGUCAAUGCCUGGGCCGAUGUCUUUGUCGCAUACUGGAAAGCCGUUGGCGAGAUACUCAUUGCCGAAGAAUCACUCAAUCUGGGAAAGAAUGCAUCCAAGCCUCAGGGUAAGGUCGCCAACUGGGAUAAGGUCUAUAAUGCCUGGAAGGACCUGCUCAAUGCACUGUUGAGAGGCUACCAGCUUGAAGUCUUCGACGCCUGGACAAUUCCUUGUCUUUAUAUGGUGGGCAAGUACUUGCGUGUAUUCGCUAUCAAGGCAGACGAGGCUGCUUUUCAGAAGGGUCAAACUGCGUUCAAUGCUUUUGAGGAGGAUGUCGGCGACGCAGAGGGAGGAAAUGACAAGCUUGAGGAUGCUGCACGCCAGAUCAACAGAGUCUUCAGUCUUUGUGUCGGCGACAGGUCUCCCAUCGAAGAAUCUCGUAAGUGGGGCGCUUACUACAUCGCCAAUCUGCAGUUCAAGACAUACUUCAAGCUGAACUCGAUUGCUCUGUCACAAAACGUCAUCAGAUCGCUCUCAGCGACGAACACAGACUUACCACCUCUUGAUCGCUUCCCUCGGUCUCAGCAAGUCACCUACAAUUACUAUCUCGGAGUCCUCAAAUUCUUACACGAGGAUUAUGCGAAAGCAGAGGAACACUUGACCAUAGCUUACAACAAAGCAUUGGCAGGAUCUUCUCGCAACAUCAGAUUGAUUCUGACGUAUUUGAUUCCGACCAGACUCAUCACUGCCCACGUCCUACCAACACAAGCAAUGUUGGCGCCCUAUCCUGGCCUUCAACGACUCUUCGCUCCUCUCUGCGCUUGCAUCAAGAAGGGUGACCUGGCCGGGUUUGACGCUGCUCUACAAGCAGGUGAGGAGGAGUUUGUCAAACGUAGAGUCUAUCUUACACUCGAGCGUGGCCGUGAUAUCUGCCUUCGCAAUCUCGUCCGGAAAGUCUACCUUUCUGGUGAACUUGAAGCUCCAAAGGAAGAAGGCGCAGAGCCGGUCCGAAGAAGUCGUAUACCUCUCAAGGAGUUCACAGCGGCACUGAAGAUUGGAGGCGAGACUGAGCUUGAGGGUGACGAAGUGGAGUGUCUGCUCGCCAACUUGAUCUACAAGGGCAUGAUGAAGGGCUACAUUUCUCGCACUCACGGAAUGGUCGUGCUGAACAAAAAGGGUGCUUUCCCUGGUACUGGCGUCUGAGCCCGGGUGCUUCUCUCACGACAUGCAACCAGGAGGCAACAUCUGCCCUCAUUAGCGUCAAAUCUCAACACGCACACCAGAAUCGCCUGCAAUCACACCAAUAUGAAUGCACCAAUACUAUCAGUACAGGCGAGCAUGGAUGCCUUCCUCACCAUGAUGCACGCGACACGCCCUCGCUUACAGGCAGUAGCUCGUAGUAAUAUCUUCCAACCAGGGGCGCAACUGGCCAGUAUUCAUCGGUACUGCGGACGACAUCGGUACAUGAGAUGAUGACAUGAUAAUGAUGCAAAAUUAUAGCCAGGCUCUCAAGGAUGACUUGAGGACACUUAAAAGCCAAUGGAUCCAUAGAUUAGGCAACAACUUCAUAUUGACACCGGGUUUAGCUACCUACCCAACAAUAUCGUUCCAU